AUGGGUAGGGCUACUAACUCGAGAGCUAGAAAGCAGAGACAUGAUCCUCUUUUGAAAGAUCUGGAUAGUUCUCAAGGUAACUUGAAGAAAGUAAAGGACAAGAAGUCUCAGAAGGAUGGGGAAGAUAAUGAAGGAGGAAGAGAUGAUUAUGUGGAUGACAAGUCAUCAAGAAAGAUUCUACAAUUAGCUAGGGAACAACAGGAUGAAAUUGCAGAUGACGAAGAAAAAGAACAAUUGACCGCUAACAAUUCUAUGGCAAGAUUCCAAGUGAACUACGAAGAUGCAGAGAACGAAGAUGAAGAACAGACAGCAGGUCAAGACAUUUCAGAUUUCGAAAACGAUCUCGACGAGGCCAAUGAGGAAGAGGAGGAAAUGGUCCAAGUGGAUGAAGAAGAUGCAGCUAUAUUUGAUCAAUACUUCAAAAGUUCCAAAGAUUUUGAUUCCUUAGGUGGCAGCUACAAUUUAUCGGAUAAGAUCAUGGCAUCUAUUAGAGAAAAAGAAAUGGAAACCCAAGGAGGUACACAGUACAGUGAAUCAGAGGAGCAACCAUCUCAACAGGAGAGAGCACCAGGCGGCGAUGGUGUAGCGCUCCCCGAUAAAGUGAUAAGAGCAUAUACCGCCGUGGGUACUAUUCUUAAGACGUGGACCCACGGUAAGUUACCGAAACUGUUUAAAGUUUUGCCAUCUUUGAACAAUUGGCCAGAUGUGUUGUAUGUGACUAACCCUGAAGGAUGGUCACCACACGUUGUAUUUGAAGCCACUAAACUGUUUGUUUCCAAUUUGCAAGCACCUGAAGCUCAGAGAUUCGUCAACUUAGUUUUACUGGAAAGAUUCCGUGAAAAUAUCGAAACUUCUGAAGAUCACUCACUAAACUACCACAUCUAUCGAGCUUUGAAGAAAUCCCUGUACAAACCAAGUGCUUUCUUCAAAGGCUUUUUAUUUCCUCUAGUCGAAGGUGGGUGUAACAUUAGAGAAGCUACCAUUGCUGCAAGUGUGCUGGCUAAAAUUUCCGUACCUGUCUUACAUUCUUCAGCUGCCUUAAGUUACCUAUUAAGAUUACCAUUUUCACCACCAACUACGGUGUUCAUCAAAGUCCUUCUCGAUAAAAGAUAUGCUUUACCAUAUCAAACAGUGGACGAGUGCGUAUACUAUUUCAUGAGAUUUAGAGUACUAGACGAUGGAAGUAAUAGUGAGGAUGCUACAAGAGUCUUACCAGUGGUAUGGCACAAGGCAUUCCUAAGUUUUGCUCAAAGGUACAAGAAUGAUAUUACACAGGACCAAAGAGAUUUCCUAUUAGAGACUGUUCGUCAAAGAGGUCAUAAACUAAUUGGACCCGAAAUAAGAAGGGAACUGCUCGCAGGUGCUAGCAGGGAAUUUGUCGAUAACCCAGAGGGAAACGACGAAUUAAUGAUCGAUGUAAAAUAG